AUGAUUAUGGGUUUGGAAAGUUCGGGAAUAUCCAUUACAGCGGAUAGUGUUAAAGUAAAGAUUCUACAGGACAUGGAGAAUGGACCAGAUUCUAAUGCUUCAGAAAAAGAAACAGCGUCGGCUUUAUACUCUAAGUACAAGAAGAAGAAGCCAAUAAGAUGUUUCAGUUGCCAGAAAAUUGGACAUAUUGCUUCAAAGUGUAACAAAAAGUUGGGUAUAAAAGAAAAGAAGCAAGUUAAUUCUAAUUCAGGAGCAUAUGAGCACAUUACCAAAGCUCUGUCAGAUUUGUAUAAUGUUCAGUUAAGGAGUGACAUUGGAAUUCCUACAGUUCACGGAUAUAAGUUAAGAUGUGAACUCACGGGAAAAGUGGACCUUAAUUUGCUUGUGAAUGGGGAAAAGGAAAUUGUUGCUGCUCGUGAUUUACAUUAUGUAAAGAAUAUUGCAACUAAUUUGUUAUUAGUAAGCGAAAUAGUAAAGAAGAGUAAUAAAGUUACCGUCGAUAUAGAGGGAGCCAAAGUGAUAGACUCUUGUGGUGAUAUUGUAGCUACUGCAAGUAAUGUAAGAGGUAUUUACAAGGUGAAUACAGUUGAAAAUACUGCUGAAACAGGAAAUCACUCUGUUUAUGCUGCAAAAGUUUUCUUGUGGCAUAGGAGACUUGGACAUUUGAAUAGGAAAAGUAUGACUUCACUGAAGAAUAUGGCAACUUGGAUGGAAAAUUAUGGAAUGAAUAAUGUUCAAUGUGAGCAACGAUCAUCGCUUCUGCCAUUUCGAUUUCAUCCUUUAGAUGUAGUAAUCUCUGAUAAUCGAUCAAAUAUUGAAUUAAGUAAAAAAGAUAAUUGGAUUCACGCAAAGUACUGCUUAACAACAUGA